CUACCUCAGUGUGCACCACCAAAAACAAGAGUUACUACCUCCCUGGUGUCUCUCAGACCAUGUGACUUCCUCUCAGCUUCUGCUCUUCUUUCGGCUGCUUAGUCGCCAGCCGCAGCCCUCUGUUCUCUCUCACACCAAAAAGACAGUUGGGGACCAGACAAGCCUGAGUAUCAGUGGAGUUUGUAAAGAAGGUUCUUUUCUGAGGUCCAGAGAACAAGGGACCAAAACGAUGCUGCGCAGAAGGCCUUCUAAUGCCUCUGAGAAGGAACAGGUGCAAAAGAAAAAGCUCACGUUACAAAGGUCAAACAGCUUCAAGGAUUUUAUGAAGCACAAACCCACGUCCCCUAUUGCUCUGGACAAAGAAUUCACUUUGGAGGAGUCUUCGGCAGAAGGAGCGCAGGUCGAAGAUGUGGGGAAAAGCAGCAUCAAACUCGGCAAAAAGUGGCGCAACGUCAUUUCACGCACCAUGACCCGCAAAACGUCCAAAAUGGUGCAGAAGGCCCUGGCAGAGGAAGGAGCUGACAGCUGUGAGGACCUGUCCCCCGUCUCUCCAGACUUUGUCCCAGAUCUGAGUUUGGGACAGAGGACGUCCGUGUGCUCCACAGGAUCAGAGGACACUGUACCCAGCCCCACCAGGCAGUUAUCUGCCAACAGUGACAGGCAGAGCUUGGACAGUGGCUACAGUCAGAGAGACAGUAUGAGACUGGAGGAGAGCUCCUAUAAUGGGCCUUUCUGUGGACGCGCUGUAGUGCACACUGACUUCACCCCAAGCCCCUAUGACAUGGAGUCACUCAAAUUACAGAAAGGAGAUAUAAUCCACAUAAUAGAGAAGCCUCCAGUGGGGACGUGGACAGGAAAGCUGAACAACAAGGUGGGAUCCUUUAAGUUCAUCUACGUCAACCUGCUGCCAGAUGAGAGCCCCUCCACCAAAAGACGACAGCGCAACUGCAGGAAAACCAAGAGCAAAGCCAAACCCAGGAGUCUGGAAGAAAUACUGGACAGCAUCGGACUCACUGAGCUGAGUGCUCUGCUGUCCAUGCACGGUUUCCAAAGCCUGGAGGACUUCACAGGUCUGAAAGAGUCCCACCUCAAUGAGCUCAACAUAACUGACCCAGAGCAGCGCAGCAAGAUCCUCAACGCCACAGAGCUCUGCAGAGACUCUGAUGAAGAAUCAGAGGACGAUGAAGAAGAAUCUGUGAAGGACACGAAGGAGCCCAGAGAUUCAGGUUGUUUUGAGAGCUCAGAAAACUUGGACAAACCCAAAACAAACCCAGAAGAAACAACAGAAAACUCCACAGAUCAGGAGAAAGAUGUGCCAGAACCAGAACCAGAACAGGAAGCCCCCACAGUGCAAGAGGAGACCAGCAUAGAGGGACAGAUGGAGGAGCUGACAUUGAAUGAAGACUCAGAUCUGAACUGAUUAAUGAAUUUAAUAGACUGUGAAAGAAAGGCUCUAACCCAUAAAACAAACUGAUGCCUAACAUUUUUAAGUUAGCGCAAAUAAAUAUGGGACUAGAAAGUACAACGUUAACAGACUCUGUAGCACUGUACUUGUACAACUGGAAAAGAGAGCCACAUCUUUACUUGAUUAUCAGUUAAAUAUAUGUGUUUUUGCCUGUUAGUAUUAGAAGAGGAUGGAUAAAUCAGACCAAACCCAAGAACACAAUUUUGGGACUAUGAGAGGCCUGGUUGUGCUUGAAAAAAAGCAUGUAUUGUCAUGCCAAACCGUACCAUUGUACCUUUUUUGUUUAUCUUAUCGUUCAGAGUUGGUAAAACAUGUAGCAAGGACAAAUGAAAAACAGAUGUCUUGUAGUUUGUAAUGUGUCAUUUUGGUGUCAUAACUUGCAACAGGAGGGAGCUGAUGAAACAACUGUAAAUACCAUGUCUAACAAUGGAUUCUUGUAUUUUGAAACAUUACCUUGACAUUUUUUAAUAAAUAUUCAGAAAUUUGUACGUCAA